AUGGUCAUUUACAAAGCUACUGUUCCAUCUAUUCCUGUUCCCAACAUCGACCUUUAUUCAUUUCUCUUCAACUCGAAUGAAUUCAACCAAACCAAAGACUUGAAUAAACCCGUUACCAUUGAUGGAGAAACUGGCAGAACACUCACUUGGAAUCAAAUCCGCGAAAGAGCAAGUUACAUGGCAAACGGCUGGACCGAGAAUGUUGGAUUGAAGAAGGGCGAUACUGUCGCUGUCUUUGCUCCUAAUCAAUACGACCAUGUUAUUCUCUAUCUCUCUCUUCUUGGUGCUAAAUGCACCAUUUCUCCCGGCAAUCCUGCAUACACUGAAGCCGAAUUCGAGCAUCAAAUCACCAAUUGUCAAGCCAGUGCUCUUGUUACUGUGCCUGGAUUGUUGCCUGUCUUGUUGAAGAUCACCGAUAAGAUUGGCCUUCCUCGUAGUCGCAUCUUCUUGUUUGGUGAUAAAGAAGUUGAAGGAUGUCGCCCCUAUAGCUCAUUGUCUGGUAACAAGCCUGUAAACACUCCUCUCCAAGGCAUUGAUGGUUACAAUGAUACCGCAUUCAUCUGUUAUUCCAGUGGCACUACAGGCCUCGCCAAGGGUGUCAUGUUGACUCACAAGAACUUUAUUGCUCAAGUCGUUCAAACAAUCAAUGCUGAGCCAGAGGAAGACCGCCAUGACGAUGAUGUUAUUCUUGGUUUCCUCCCAUUCUAUCACAUCUAUGGUUUAACAAGUCUAGUGCUGAAUGCCUUUUACAAGGUCAUUCCUGUAGUUAUCAUGGCAAGAUUCGAUUUGGAGCUAUUGUGUAAAUUGGUUGAAAAGUAUAAGGUGACACUGGCCAGUAUUGUCCCUCCAGUCGCUGUUUUGCUCGCUAAACACCCUGUUGUCGCUAAAUACGACUUAAGCACCAUUCGACUCUUGGGUUGUGGCGCCGCCCCUUUGAGCAGAGAGCACAUUGAGGCUCUUGCCAAACGUAUUCCUGCUCAAUUGAAGCAAGGUUACGGUAUGACAGAAACUACUUCUGGUGUAAUUUCCCAAAGUCUUGAAGGUGGUGUUCCAGGCUCCAUUGGUAUUUUAAGUGCAAACAUGGAAUGUAAGAUUGUCAAUGAAAAGGGUCAAGAGUUGGGUGAUGAUGAAGAGGGUGAAUUCCUGUUCCGUGGGCCUAGUAUCAUGAAGGGCUACUUCAACAACGACAAGGCCAAUGCUGAGACUUUCACACAAGACGGUUGGAUGCGCACAGGUGAUGUUGGCAAAUACGACUCCAAGACUGGCGAAUUCUUCAUUUUGGACCGUAUCAAGGAGCUCAUCAAGUAUAAGGGUUAUCAAGUGGCUCCUGCUGAAUUAGAAGCCAUUCUUAUGGGUCUUGAUAUCAUUGCUGAUUGCUGUGUUGUCGGUCUAUACGAUGAGUCCCAAGCAACCGAGAUUCCUCGAGCCUAUGUGGUUCUUCAACCUUCUGUCGAAAAGAGUGAUAAAACUGCCAAGCUUAUUGACGAGUAUGUGGCAUCCAAUGUCACCAACUAUAAGAAGCUUCGUGGUGGUGUCAAGUUUGUCGAUGUUAUUCCCAAGAGUCCUAGUGGAAAGAUCCUUAGACGUCAAGUGAAGGAUUGGGUGAAGAAGGAGCAAAAGGAAAUUGCUGCUAAGGCUCGUCUGUAA